AACGAAAAAGUACUAAAAGUGUGGGCACGAUACUAGCUAGAACUCGUUGCUGCAAACCGGCAAAUAGGCGGAGUAAUCCAAAAUGGGCUUGGCAUUUGGGACACAGCCCCGGUCGGCCGCCAACCCGGCAAGGAUGACAAGUCCCAGACCUAUUGUGAUGCGCGAAAGUGUAUUUACACUGAUGAGGAAGCUUGCGUCCUUGAUGUCACCGGKUUUUUCUUUAGUUCCACUGAUAGUCGUUGUUGUCGAUGUUGGCAACAGCGCUAARACCAGCACAAUCAAAUACGAGAGACCCUCCACUGCACCAAUGCAUCCCCCCGGYCCAGCAGGCAAACCACCCCCUGUAGUAGCUACUGAAUACAAAGAAACCCACACCACCGGCUGGCAAGCCAACCCAACAUAGUCAACUACCGAACCARUGUUGGUCCUUCUUUUGUCGUUUUCGUUCUCCGCAAAGUUGUCRCCCCUGUUGCUAUGUAGUGCCYGUGAAGGACGAUGUCCUGGUUCGUAYACCUUUGCGACGCGAUAGUGCCUGAUCCCAUUGACWGCGCCCGGAGUACAGAAUGCCCGUGGUUGUGAUCGUGACUGAAGCAUGAUGGGAUGUUUCUCCUGGACAYGRGCAGGAACAUCCCGACGAAGGAAUACUGACGACGAAAGAAGAAGGCAUUCCACUCCCACCAACAACUGGGCUAUGAUUAGGGCAGUCAGUGUCCUUAAGAUCCGAUCAACCGAGUCGACAUGAMUGACAAGCAUGCUUGAGAGAAAAUCUGUUGAAAUUUAUUUCUUUCGGUGCCAAGGGUAUUUCCGAAACUGCGAUAGAUGAUAGGCUGCUGAAACUUCUUCGGUCAGCGGCUCAUAAAGUUAGAACUCUUAUGUAUGCUACAUCAAUAUCCAAAUAGGUUUUGUUUUUGUCCCUUCAGACUGUUUGGCUCAUUCAAGGGUUGAAUAUGUUGUUCACCCUUUUUCGUACAGCACUCGUACAUCGAAUGAUUGCACGGUACUUGGGUACUUUGUACCAGGUACAUAGAAGUAUGGUACGUACUUGUACUCGUAGUACUUCAGAAGAGCUGGAACGCAUCGUCCACAAAUUUCAUACUGUACGUACCGUAAGUACUCGUACGUACUUACUGUACCGAUAAAAUAAAACAAAUGCGUUCGGUACGUAGACUCGUACCAGGUACUCGUAUCUCACUCUUACAAGCGGCCUUGUUUCAUAAUACUAGACCCAUUCGACUCAUUGAGUGCAACGCACUCGGAGUAGUUCAAUCUUGGACUUUACGCAAGAUAGGAAAUGACGCUCUUUUUUUCGCAGUUCUUAUCACGGAAGUUCAAACAAAAUACGACUACGAACUACGUCCUAUCUAGCAGGGGUCAUCUAUCUAGAACAYUAACGAACAGAUCUUCAAAUUCAAUCCUACUUAGGGAUGCAUUGCACGUUUGAUUUCAUUCCCGCUUAGAAUAUGGUUGUUCGAAAUUUUUGGGCUUYUGAGGAUACAGUACAUAGAAAUACAGAAAYAAUAAUACAURAUGCUCCCGCCRUGAAAGAACUCUCGAAAACGUGGCAAGAAUGCCAUCUUCUGAAACAUGCACCGUWCUGUACAAUUCGGAAGAUACCCAAACACGAACAAUCCAAUUCAGAUCGACAACUUUUGYAACGAACGAAACGAUCUCAUAAUAUUACAGAACAGAAAAAAAAAUCAACGUUAAAUUACCAUUUWAAAAAAACAUGACAGAAAUUCAAACGAUUGCCGACGUCACCCGAUGYAUUGCAUUGGUCGUACUUGUGCUUUUAUGUCUCCGAAUAGGAGGUUUUAUAUUCAAUAACGAGRAGACAAAAAAGUAUGAUAAUUGGCUUCGGAAUAACCUGAAAACUAUUUAUCAUUUCCAUGCACCUGCUUUGUACCUCGCAUUCCAUCUCUCCGAGGGUGUGGCRUACAGUUCAGACUCUUCCUUGUCGAGGAAUCCUUUUGUGGAAAUCAUUUUCAACAUUUUUUUUAUUCCAUUGGCUAUUCUCCUGUAUGAUGGUGGAGCGAUCCAUACUACCGGUAUCAAAGACGCUUUGCUCGCUAACAUGCAUCAUUUGGGUGCAAUUAUCGCGCUGCCAUAUCAUAUCUACGAGAGCAACCCCAUGAUUGCCUCACGAAAUACGAAGGUGUUCGCAUGGAUUUGGUUUCCUCAUUCCUUCUCAUUUCUUCAAACGUACAUAUUUCCUGUUUUCGGAAUCAAAAAAGGCAAAGAACAAGAUAAAUCCAAAAUCUUGUCGAUGAUGAGAUACGCAUACGCCAUGAGAACUAUUGCUCUCGUUUAUUCCUAUUUCAAUGAUGAGGGUCAACCAGGUAUCGGUUGGAACUAUCAAACGGCAUCCCUCACAUCGUUGCUUAUUGGAAGGCAUGCGUUGAAUAUGGGCACAGUCGAUUGGAUGCGUUACAUUGAAAUUCCUGGAACAGUUUUCGUUUACUGCACGGCUAUUUGUGGGCACAAYGCUCGUAUCGGUCUGGUCACCACCGCAGCUUUAUAUUUGGGUUGUUGGGUUCGAUCCGUAUGGAAACAAGAAGAACGCCCCUCGAAAUGGGAUCCGAAGCAACCCGAGGUAGCUAGAAUUCUUUCGAAGCACGAAAAGAGAUUCUUUUCGGAGUUCCCGGAUGGUUUGUCAGAGGGGAUCAGUGCUAGUCCUACGAAAAGUGUCGAUGCUGUCAAAAGUUGGUGCACUACACACCCUGAAUAUGAGAAAGAAUAUCCUGUCAUCUGGUGCAUUUGUUUGAAUGAUGUGCAGAGAUUGGAAGACCUCAUCCAGAAAGGCGCUGAUCCACACGAGGUCCUGUUUGGUGUCGUCACACCAGUCGACAUCGCGGUUCCCUUCGGUCGGCUUCAUUGUGCAAUGAUUCUCCUGAAAGCAGGCGUUGAUCCAUGGGAAAAAUACGGUCAGAACUCAGUCUGGGGUCAUGCUAAGAAAGAAAGUAUCGUUCCGUUGUUGGAAUUGAAAAAAGAACUCGAACCAGCUGCAUUUGAAGCUUAUCCACCGAUCGUCCAAGAAUCUAUCCUUGAGCGAUGUAGGAAGCGAAUUUCUCAACUAUUUCAAAAGAAACACAACUAGAUAAGAGUUUAAAAUCCAGACAUUGUACUUCGUGGUACUUCGAUUUAGUAUCCCGAGGCAUGGUCGCUUAGAGUUUAGUAC